AUGGCUGCUUUGGACUCCAUUGGCAGCGCCUUCUGCCUCUUCUUCUUCUCCUUCACCGCUCUGUUUUCUCUCUUCUCCGUACUUGUCUUCAUCAUCCGGCUCCGCCCAUGCUGCAACUGCCACGUGUGCCGGAGCUUCCUCACCUCCAGCUGGUCCAAGGACUUCGACAACCUCUGCGAUUGGUACACGCAUCUCCUCAGAAAAUCGCCCACCGGAACCAUCCACCUCCACGUCCUCGGCAACGUCAUCACCGCCGACCCCGAGAACGUGGAGCACAUCCUCAAAACCAAGUUUCACAACUACCCCAAAGGCAAGCCAUUCACCACAAUCCUCGGCGAUCUUCUGGGCCGCGGCAUCUUCAACGUCGACGGCAACGCGUGGUUGUUCCAGCGCAAAAUGGCAAGCCUGGAGCUCGGCAGCGUCUCCGUCCGCUCCUACGCGCUCGAGAUCGUGAGCUCCCAAAUCCAAUCAAGGCUAAUUCCGCUGCUGGCCUCAUUUGCCGAAGACCGAAACAGCGCCGUUGACUUGCAGGACCUCUUUCGGCGGUUUUCGUUCGAUAAUAUUUGUAAAUUCUCCUUCGGGCUGGACCCGGGCUGUCUCCAGCUGUCGCUGCCCAUUUCGGACUUCGCCGUGGCAUUCGACACCGCGUCGAAGCUCUCCGCGGAGCGGGCGAUGACGUCAUCACCGAUCGUGUGGAAGAUCAAGAGAUUCUUCAACAUUGGCUCGGAGAGGCAGCUGAGGGACGCCGUCAAGAUGGUGGACAGCUUGGCCAAGAGCAUGAUCGAGCAGCGCCGCGAAAUGGGUAAUUUUUCGACACAAAAGGAUCUUCUCUCUCGGUUUAUGGCCAACAUUGACGACGAUCAGUAUCUCCGGGACAUUGUCGUGAGCUUUCUGUUGGCGGGUCGGGACACCAUCGCUUCCGGGUUGACCAGUUUGUUUUAUUUGCUCUCUCAGCACCCGGAAGUCAAACGGGCCAUUCUAGAGGAGUCGGAUCGGAUCAUGGGUCGGAGUGGAUCCGGAUCUAGAUCUUGGGUUGCGAGUUUUGAGCAAAUGAGGGAAAUGCCCUACUUGCAUGCGGUGAUUUAUGAGACCAUGAGGCUGUACCCGCCAAUACAAUUCGACUCCAAGUAUUGCCAAGAGGAUGAUGUGCUGCCAGAUGGUACUUUUGUACAGAGUGGGACCAGAGUUACGUACCAUCAGUACGCCAUGGGCAGGAUGGAGCGGGUUUGGGGUUCUGAUUGUCUCGAAUUCAAGCCCGAGAGGUGGCUGAAGAAUGGACUCUUCACGCCCGAGAGCCCCUUUAAUUAUCCGGUUUUCCAAGGCGGGGAGAGGGUUUGCUUGGGCAAGGAAUUGGCGCUCUUGGAAAUGAAAAGUGUCGCGGUGGCGCUUGUUCGGAGGUUUGAUAUUCAGGUUUCCGAACCUGAUCGCACACCGCGGUUCGCCCCUGGCCUCACCGCCACUGUGAGGGGCGGCCUGCCCGUUCGAAUUCAGGAAAGAAAAGGCUGA